AUCUACACAGUUAUGAACAUUGACUCUCACUGGCUUUCAGUUUAUGAAUACAUUUCGCCUCAGCCCUCCCUUGAAAUAAUGCAUGAAUAUGGAUGGGCUGUUGUGCCUGAGUCUAUUCAGUGCAUUGGAAUACCUCCAACGUUGGCAUAGAACCACCAACGGCAGAGGAGACCACACCGACCAGUCCGAAGGAUAAUGAUGGGGAGCAAUGACUCAAAAGGGCUUCUGAUCACCGAGAAGGGUCUGUCUGGCAUGUCUGCAGUGAGUGACAUGUUGCGCUUGUCCUAAACGCUCGUGCGUCUGUACUGACUGGCCAAUAUGUUGAGCCGACUGAUGAGUGGCAGCGAUCGGACUCUUGACAGGGAAUUCAACUGUACAGUGCGACUGCUGGACGACUCGGAAUACACUUGCACGGUUCAGAGGGAUGCAAAAGGUCAAUGGCUCUUUGAGCAGGUUUGCCAUUAUCUAAACUUGUUGGAGAAAGACUACUUUGGCAUCAGAUUUGUGGACCCAGACAAGCAACGACACUGGCUGGAGUUCAGCAAGCCAAUAACCAAACAAAUGAGAUCUCAGCCACCCUACACCAUGUGUUUGCGUGUUAAAUUCUAUCCUCCGGACCCUGCAGCUCUUAAAGAAGAUAUCACUAGAUACCAUGUCUUCCUUCAGAUUAAAAGAGAUUUGUAUCAUGGCCGACUCCUGUGCAAAAGUUCAGAUGCUGCUGCAUUGGCCGCAUUUAUUCUGCAGGCUGAGAUUGGCGAUUAUGACCCAGGGAAGCAUCCGGAAGGUUACAGCUCUAAGUUUCAGUUUUUCCCAAAGCAUUCUGAGCGCCUGGAGCGCCGCAUUGCUGAGAUCCACAAAUCCGAGCUGACAGGCCAGAGUCCUGAGACAUCUGAAAUGAAUUUCUUAAGGAAAGCUCAGUCUCUAGAAACAUAUGGAGUAGAUCCACACCCCUGCAAAGAUGUGUCUGGGAAUGCAGCAUUUCUUGCAUUUACCCCCUUUGGCUUUGUGGUACUCCAGGGGAACAGGAGGAUUCAUUUCCUCAAAUGGAACGAGGUCACCAAACUAAAGUUCGAAGGAAAGACAUUUCAUAUAUAUGCAACUUAUCAAGAGGAUCAGAAGAUCAUCUUGACUUACUUUGCUCCAACACCUGAGGCCUGCAAGCAUUUAUGGAAGUGUGGGGUGGAAAACCAAGCUUUCUACCAGUUUGAGAAAUCAAGUCAAGUUCGCACUGUGUCCAGUAGUAAUCUUUUCUUCAAAGGGAGCCGCUUUAGAUAUAGCGGUAAAGUGGCCAAGGAAGUGAUGGAACAGAGUGCCAAAAUCAGACGAGAGCCUCCAGAGAUCCACAGGGCUGGGAUGGUCCCCAGUAGGAGUUGUCCCUCCAUCACUCAUGGCCCACGACAGAGUAGCGUUCCCCGAACACGGAGGAGAGCAGUCCAUAUUUCCAUCAUGGAGGGUUUGGAGUCCCUGCGUGACAGUGGCCAUUCCACACCAGUGCGGUCGGUCUCCAAUGGCAACUCAUUCCUACGCUCCCAUGGAAAUGGAGCCGAGGGAGGAAGUGGAACAGCUGAAUUUUCUGAAGAUUCUUACAAUCCCUCUGACAGCGUGCUUCCCACACCUGUGUCCAACGACCCCUCAGACCAGGCUCAGGUGCGCCACACAAACGGCCCACGCAGAAUCCAAGAUGAAGGAGGAACAGAACCGUGCACUCAAAACCAGGCAAGGUCACAGGCCGUUAAGCCCAAAGGGAAACGUUCCCACCUGGAGAAGACUCGGCCAACCCAACAUGGCCCAGAGGAGGAAGGGGUGAAUGAUUUCAUCUGUAGUUUGGCUCGUCUUUUCUUAGUGACCCUGGCUCUGCUCUUUGCCCUCCUUAUCCUUCUUAUUGUGCUAACAGAAUCUGAGCUGGACUUGGCCUUUCUUAGGGACAUCCGGAGGACACCCGAAUUCCAGCAGUUCCACUAUGAAUACUUUUGCCCCCUUAGGCGCUGGCUGGCCUGCAAGUUGCGCUGGAUGGGUGGGAAUCUCAUUAACAAAUAACUGAGACUUGAGUGCAUAAGCACCCCUCUCUCCUGAGAGUGUAGUGUGUAGUAGUCUGAGAGUGGGACGUUCUAAGCAUUAAUAUCAUACCAUGUACCAUGAGAUUAAAACGAAAUUACUAUUAUCUACAUAGCCAAAGCCCUUGGACUUCCUACCAUGCCAAGACGGGAACCUGUGUGUUUCAACUCUAGUUAUUGUGAAAUUGUUCUCUGCAGCAUUUGGGUAAAAAAUUGUAUGUAUAGGUCUUUAAAUGCUGUUGUCACCCACCCGUCCUUUAUCUAAAAUUUAAAUAUAAUAUCUACACUCAAGAAAUAUUCAACCAGACUGUGAUAAGUUAGACCUCAUACUGCAAUCAAAGACAAAGUUGCCUUUAUUGGCCAGAGAAUAGACAGGGCCCGAGACAACCAUAGUUCACCCAAAAAUGAAAAUUCUCACCCUUAUGUUGUUCUAAACCCAUAAGAUGUUGGUUAAUCUAAUCUAAUGAAACACAAGAUAUUUGUAAUAAAACCUGAGAGGUUUCUGUUCCUUUAUUGAAGUCCAUGCAGUUUGUCGUAAUUUAUUACAAUUGGUUUAUUACAAGUCUUGAGAAGAGAUAUGAUCGCUUUACAUGAUGAACAGAUUCAAUGUUGUCUUUUGUUGGCAUGAUACAUAAUGAGUAGUAAUGAAAGCACAUCACAUAUGGUAAACAGAAGCUCCAAUGUGAGAAUCAAUUAUGAGAGAUUUUGAUGAAUAAUAAAAAAAAAACUUCAAUUUUUACCAUUUGUGAUAUGUUUAAUUCUGUUCAUCAUAUAAAGUGACCGUAUCUCUUUAAA